GUCCUUGAUGGAGGGGGUCUCUACGGUGUCGCGGGGGAAAUGUUAUGUACAACUCCAAUGGCGAAGUUGGAGGCGUCAGUGGUGACAUAGAAAUGGCGAGUGGGGUCGGCGAUCUCGAGGACAGGGGCCGUGGUGAUGGUUUGCUUGAGUAAGUCGAAAGCAUGUUGGCGGCGAUCGUUCCAAUGGAAGGGCUCGUCCUUGCGGGUGAGUUCAUGGAGAGGGUAAGAGAUCUCGGAAAAGUUGCGAAUGAACGGGUGGUAAUAGUUGGCAUUGCCGAGGAAGGAACGGAGUUGGAGGAGGGUCUUGGGUGGGGGGUACUCGACGAGGGCUUUGACCUUCGAGGGGUCCAUACGGAUGCCUUCAACGGAGACAAUGUGGCCGAGGUAUUCGACGCUCGAAGGAGCAAACGUACAUUUGCUGAGCUUGGCGUAAAAUUUUUGCUCUCGGAGGAUCGAGAGGACUUGGCGAAGGUGUUGAAGGUGAGACUCGAAGGUGGGGCUGAGGACAAGGAUGUCAUCAAGGCAGAUGACGACACAGACUUCGAGGAGGUUGCGGAAGAUGUGGUUCAUGGUAGAUUGGAAGGUAGCGGGGGCAUUGACGCGAUAUCGAUGUCAGGACAAUGUCCUGGGGACUGUGUUCAUGAUGAGGAGGGACCAGCGCUUGCCGAGGGCGGUGAUGUGGAGGUUGCGGGUCGAGUGGAGGCGGACUGGCGGGUGAAUUGUGCGGCAUUGGGGCAGUUGGUUUGUUGGUGCCCCAAUUGGCGACAACGGAAGCAGCCCCCGUUUGCUUGGAGGUAGGUGCGCUCCUCGGGGAUGAGUUUCUUGAGGCGGGAGGGUGGGGUAGAUGAGGGUGGACGGGAGUUGCGAUCUCUGCUCACCAUUCU